AUGAUUUGGAGGGGAUUGGAACACCUGAAUCACAUGAUUGGGAGGGGAUUGGAACACCUGAAUCACAUGAUAUGGAGGGGAUUGGAACACCUGAAUCACAUGAUAUGGAGGGGAUUGGAACAAAUGAAUCACAUGAUUUGGAGGGGAUUGGAACACCUGAAUCACAUGAUUUGGAGGGGAUUGGAACACCUGAAUCACAUGAUAUGGAGGGGAUUGGAACACCUGAAUCACAUGAUAUUGAGGGGAUUGGAACACCUGAAUCACAUGAUAUGGAGUGGAUUGGAACACCUGAAUCACAUGAUUUGGAGGGGAUUGGAACACCUGAAUCACAUGAUUGGGAGGGGAUUGGAACACCUGAAUCACAUGAUAUGAAGGGGAUUGGAACACCUGAAUCACAUGAUAUGGAGGGGAUUGGAACACCUGAAUCACAUGAUUGGGAGGGGAUUUGAACACCUGCAUCACAUGAUUGGGAGAGGAUUGGAACACCUGAAUCACAUGAUUGGGAGGGGAUUGGAACACCCGAAUCACAUGAUUGGGAGAGGA